AUGAGUGCUCGUGAUGGCGCUGGUGGCGUCGGUGGCAUGGGCACCCUCGGUCGGCGGCAGCGCUUUGAAAACUCAGAGUUCACUGUCCGCAUCUACCCAGGCGCUCUGGCUGAGGGCACCAUCUACUGCCCGAUCAGUGCUCGCAAAUCCACCACCGCCGCUGAGGCCAUCGAACGUGUCAUCGACCGCCUGCAGCUGGACCGCACCAGGUGUUACGUUCUGGCUGAGGUGAAGGAGUUCGGUGGAGAAGAAUGGAUUCUGAACCCCAGCGACUGCCCCGUGCAGAGGAUGAUGCUCUGGCCUCGUGUGGCACUGGAGCACCGCCCCCUGUCUGGCGGCGAGGAUUACCGCUUCCUCCUGCGGCAGAAGAACCUGGAUGGUUCCAUUCACUACGGUGGCAGCCUCCAGAUGUGGCUACAGGUCACAGAGGAGCGCAGACGCAUGAUGGAUCGUGGACUGCUGCCGCAGCCUGAACCUCAGGGCGACCACGCAGAUCUGUGCCACCUACCGGAACUCAACGAGCGCUCGCUGCUGGACAACCUGCGCUCACGCUUCCGCAACGAAAAGAUCUACACCUACGUUGGAAGCAUCCUCAUCGUCAUCAACCCCUUCAAGUUCCUGCCCAUAUACAAUCCCAAGUAUGUGAAGAUGUAUGAUAAUCAUACACUGGGAGGCUUGGAGCCACAUAUUUACGCAGUGGCGGAUGUUGCUUACCACGCCAUGCUGCAGAGACAGAGAAAUCAGUGCAUUGUUAUAUCUGGGGAGAGUGGCUCUGGGAAAACGCAAAGCACAAACUUUCUCAUUCAUCAUCUGACUGCUCUCAGCCAGAAAGGUUUUGCCAGUGGAGUGGAGCAGAUCAUCUUGGGGGCAGGGCCUGUACUAGAGGCAUUUGGGAACGCAAAGACAGCCCACAAUAACAACUCAAGUCGUUUUGGCAAGUUCAUUCAGGUGAACUACCAGGAGAGCGGCACUGUGAGAGGAGCAUAUGUGGAGAAGUAUCUCCUGGAGAAGUCGCGGCUGGUCUAUCAGGAGCACAAUGAGCGAAACUACCACGUGUUUUACUACCUGCUGGCGGGAGCGAGUGAAGAUGAGAGGACAGCCUUUCACCUCUUGAAGCCUGAAGAAUUCCAUUACCUCAGUCAGAUGACAAAGAGAACCCACCGACUGCACUGGGACAGUUACUGUGAGAGUGAACCGGACUGCUUCACGGUUGAAGGAGAGGACCUGAAGCAUGACUUUGAGAGGCUUCAGCUUGGGAUGGAGAUGGUCGGCUUUCUUCCUACCACGCGCAAACAGAUCUUCUCCCUGCUGUCAGCCAUCCUCCACCUGGGCAACAUCCGCUACAAGAGGAAAACCUACAGGGACGACUCCAUCGACAUCUGUAACCUAGAGGUUCUGCCUGUCGUCUCAGAACUGUUGGAGGUCAAAGAAGAGAUGCUGUUUGAAGCUCUGACAACACGGAAGACAGUUACUGUGGGAGAGAAGCUGAUCGUUCCUUAUAAACUUGCAGAGGCUGGGACAGUGCGAGACUCCAUGGCGAAAUCGCUGUACAGUGCUCUGUUUGAUUGGAUUGUGUUCAGGAUCAACCAUGCUCUGCUCAACAUCAAGGACCUGGAGGAGACCACCAAGAUCUUGUCCAUUGGAGUGCUGGACAUUUUUGGUUUCGAGGACUACGAGAACAACAGCUUCGAACAGUUCUGCAUCAACUUUGCCAACGAACGUCUCCAGCAUUACUUCAACCAGCACAUCUUCAAGAUUGAACAAGAGGAAUAUAGAGUAGAGGGCAUCAGCUGGCGAAACAUCGACUACAUCGACAAUACGGGCUGCAUCAACCUGAUCAGCAAGAAGCCCACAGCGCUGUUUCACCUCCUGGAUGAAGAGUGCAACUUCCCCCAAGCAACCAAUCAGACUUUGUUGGAUAAGUUCAAGCGGCAACAUGAAGGGAACAGCUACAUCGAGUUCCCUGCUGUCAUGGAGCCCGCCUUCAUUAUCCGACACUAUGCUGGCAAGGUCAAGUACGGUGUCAAGGACUUUCGGGAGAAGAAUACAGACCACAUGCGCCCGGACAUUGUGGCUCUGUUGAAGAGCAGUAAGAACGCCUUCAUCUGCGGGCUGAUCGGCAUCGACCCAUCAGCCACUUUCCGCUGGGCGGUACUCCGAGCCUACUUCAGGGCCCUGGUGGCUUUCAGAGAGGCUGGGAAGAGACACACGCAGAAGAAGACUGGGCAUGAUGACGCUGCUCCCUGUGCAGUUUUGAAAAGUGUGGAUAGUUUUAGCUUUCUGCAGCACCCUGUGCAUCAGAGAAGCUUAGAGAUCCUGCAGAGAUGCAAAGAGGAGAAGUACAGUGUUACCAGAAAGAGUCCGCGUACACCACUGUCAGACCUUCAGGGGAGCAACACCAUCAAUGAGAGAUCACCACGGGGUUCUCCGGGCCUCGGCUGGAAUGGGCGUGUUGGAAGGCAGAGCCGCUUAUCCUCCAGCAGCUCCGCCACCACAGAAGAAGAUGGCAUCUUUGUCAACUCUGCCAGCAGCAAGCUCCUGGAGAGAGCCCACGACAUCCUUAUGAGGAACAAAAACUACAAAUCUAAACCAGUUCUUCCGAAGCACUUACUGAAUGUCAAGUCACUGAAGUACCUCAGCAACCUGACGCUUCACGACCGAAUCACCAAGUCACUGCUUCACCUCCACAAGAAGAAGAAACCACCCAGUAUCAGCGCACAGUUCCAGGCCUCUCUCAAUAAGCUAAUGGAGACCCUGGGUCAGUCUGAGCCUUAUUUUGUCAAGUGCAUCCGUUCCAAUGCUGAGAAGCUGCCCUUACGGUUUAACGAUAACUUGGUGCUGAGGCAGCUGCGUUACACUGGUAUGCUGGAGACUGUGCGCAUCCGGCAAUCAGGCUACAACAUCAAGUACAGCUUCAAGGAUUUCGUCCAUCACUUCUGCGUGCUGUUCCCAGAAAGCACCACCGCUACCAGAGAGAGCAUCCAGCAGUGUCUGGACCAGCUAGACCUGGCACCAGAUGGGUACCAAGUUGGCAAGACAAUGGUAUUUUUGCGCGAGGGUGAGCGUCAGCAGCUGCAGGCCUUACUCCACAGCGAAGUUCUCAGGCUCAUCGUCAUGUUGCAGCAGCGAUUCAGAGCCCGGCUUGAGAGGAAGCAGUUUGUCCGGAUGAGAGAGGCAGCAAUCUGCAUCCAGAGAUGGUGGCGUCUGUACCAGCCCACAGAAGAGGAAGAUGACGACUAUGACCCUAAUGUCCAGGAGGGGGCAGCUCUGUGUCUACAGACACACUGGCGAGGUUACAGGGAACGUCAGAGGUUCAGGCUGUGCAGGGCGGCUGCUCUGGUGCUACAGAGGGCAUGGAGGUUGUGGCUGUAUCGCCGCUGCGUGGCAGCUUUGGUUAUUCAGGCGGCCUGGCGCUGUCAUCAAGCCAGAGAAGCCUACUUACGUCUGUAUGCCGCUGUGGUACAACUACAGGCAUUAAGCAGAGGCUACCUUGCCAGGCAGAGCUUCAGAAAACUGAGAGAACAGAAGCUGAGGGAGAAGAAGGAGCAACAGGAGAAGCUGCUUCAGCUACAGAAUGGCCAGGUGAGUCUCUCGCCAGAAGAGGAGGAGCCGCCUGAGAGAAUCAUAGGUUUGGACCUCAGCAGGUGGGAGGACCGUUCCUAUGAGGAACGGGAAAGGACUCUCCAAAUCCUCAGCGGCCUUGAUGGAGCAGUUCAGGAAGAAGGUGAAGGAAGAGAACAUGCAAGUACAAAAGAGGGCUCACCUAAAGCUUACUCUGAAAAACCUGCCUCAUUCCCGACAUCCGCAGUGGUGGUGCGAGAGAAGAUCAGAACUGUAGAUGAGCCCGGCCAGAAAACCACUCGGGCCAAGAGAGAGAGCAGGCGGAUGAGAGAGCUGGAGCAGGCCAAGUUCAGCCUGGAGCUCCUCAAGGUCCGGGCAACCAGCGGUGGAGCCUCGUCCCCCUCAGAGGAGAGGCGCUGGUCUCUUGAGCUGGUGCCCCCCACCACGCCACCUCUGCGUUCACCCCAGGGCACGCCUGACAGUCAGAGCUCCAAAGACAGCUUUGAGCUUCUCAGUAUGGAUGACGAGGCUCCCAAGGCUAUAGAAGAGGUGACCGACAGUGAGGAUCCCUGUUCCCCUGUUGACUCAGUAUCUCCAGCACCAGAGUCAAGUGUGGAGGUCAUCCCAUCAAGCCCAAAGCCAGAUGAACUGAACAGGACGUGGCCAAAAAUUGAUCUGGCUGCCCCCUCUGUAACACAUCCGCCCAAAAUCGAGAACUACCUCCCUACCUUUUACGUCCCUGCUAGUGAGACCACCAUGGUCAUCUCCCAUCGUCCUGCUGAAGAGCCUCAACAAAACACAGAGACAGCCGUCUCUACAACCACCACAUCCACCACCACUGUUAUCAAGUCUCUCAAAGAAAGGCGAGAGUCAUCACGUCGUCCAGUGGUAGUGGUCAUAAGUAUGCAGAAAGAAACCCCGCUAAGUGAAGAGCUGAGCGGUAUGGUCCGUCCCCCUGUAGAGGUUCGAGAUUCGGCAGCCCAGACAGGGGAGUUGACGCCAUCGGCACAGACACCAGGCCCAGCACCUGCGCCUCAUGGUCCUGUCCCUGUUUCCACUGCUGGCGCUCAGGCUGACCAGCUUGUCAUAGAGAAACUGGUGCGACUGAACGAGGAGAAGGAGGAGAGGCAGCGUAAUCAACAACAGCAGAAUGAGAGGGAGAUGAUGGAGCAAAUAAGACAACAGAAAGAUGAGCUGGAGCGCCAGCGCCUUUUCUUUGCUCAGUAUGAGAGAGACAUGUUUGAGAAACAAAGAGGAGAAGCUCUGCAGAGGAUACAACAGAACCGACAGGGUGGACAAGAUGUUGGUGCAACUGCCACCUCGAGCAAGCCACUGAGACCCAGCUCUCUGCUGAUUGAGAGGACAGCAGGGCAAGCUCCUUAUAGCAGAACCUGGUCAGAGUCCGCUGCCCCAUCAGCACACUCUCCUGCAGGCGUCGACAUCCAGGCCAAUGCCCCUCAUCCCCAGCUGCCUCCUCCGCCUGCUUCUGUUCCCAGAGAAAGACGUAAAGACAGAAGGCCUGUCGCUGAGGGCUGGGCACCCAAACUCACCCUUGAGUCCAAAGAUGGAGGAGCGACAAGAGUGAGAGCAGCCACCAAGAAGGCUCAAAGUAAUCAGGGCACCACGGUUAGCAAGACGGAUAAGCCAGGCAACAUCUUCUUCUCUCCAAAAGACAAUGUGACAUUUACAAAGUUUGACGGUGAUGCUGUGGCUAAAGAGACGCCCGUAGUGAUUCCCAGAGAAGGACCCGCACCAGUUUCCAAGCCUUCUAAAGGAGCAAAAGCGCGGGAUGUUGGCAGAGCGGGCCAAAAAAAGAAAGCCAGAAUGGCACGGACCCGCUCCGACUUCCUCACCCGCGCCCCCAUCCUUUCAGUUGGGGGCGAUUCAGACGAGGAUGACUAUGACGGCGACAGCCCCGUCAGCCCCCGACAUUACACUCUGCCCCUCUCCAAACAGAGCUCCGAGGAGGCAGGCUUAGGACAGUCCUGUUUCAGUGACUCAGACAUGCCUACAAUCUCUCAAGAGGAAAAGAAGAUACACAAAGCUAUGUCGUCAGGAGAUUUAGGAAAAGUGGACACACUGCGCAAGAGCUCGCAGGAUGGAAGGGUUCGUGGAAAGAUGCGCUUCUGGGGCAAGACCAAGUAUGGUGACAAGAAGACAUCCAGAGAAAAGCUGAUUUGUGGUGGUGAUUCCUUAGAUGGAGACUAUGGAGACACUGGACCAUUACUGGGAGAGGCAGGUCAGGAAAACAUGUCGCCUCCCUGCAGUCCUGAUCUGACGUUGGAUCGAGGGUUCAGAGACUUGAAAGAGAACAAGGAGCCUUCUCCCAAGGUGAAGCGGAGGCGCAGUGUUAAGAUCAGCAGCGUGGCUCUUGAAUCCGCUCAGUGGCAGAACGACGCACUGCAGAUCCUCACCUGCACCAACGACUACAGGAGCAUGAACGACUUCCUUAUGAAGAAGAUCAAUGACUUGGACACAGAGGACAGUAAGAAGGACACCAUGGUGGACGUCGUAUUUAAAAAGGCUCUGAAGGAAUUUCGCCUCAACAUUUUUAACUCCUACUCCACAGCGCUGGCGAUGGAUGAUGGUAAAAGCAUCCGCUACAAAGACCUCUACGCUCUGUUUGAGCACAUCCUGGAGAAGACCAUGAGACAGGAGCAGAGGGACUGGAGUGAGUCUCCUGUCAAAGUUUGGGUCAACACCUUUAAAGUCUUCCUGGAUGAGUUCAUGACUGAGUACAAACCUAUGGAUGGCACACUCACCAAGCCAGCACCUAAACCUGAACGUAAAAAACGAAGGAAAAAAGACGCCGACAUUGUGGAGGAGCAUAAUGGCCACAUCUUCAAGUCCACCCAGUACAGCAUACCCACGUACUGUGAAUACUGCUCAUCGCUCAUCUGGAUGAUGGACCGUGCCUGUGUGUGCAAAUUGUGCCGGUACGCCUGCCACAGAAAAUGUUGCCAGAAGAUGACCACUAAAUGCAGUAAGAAGUUCGACCCAGAGCUGUCCUCCAGACAAUUCGGAGUGGAAGUUUCUCGUCUGACAAACGACGAGAGGACGGUGCCCCUGUUUGUGGAGAAGCUUAUCAACUACAUUGAGAUGCAUGGCCUCUACACUGAGGGAAUCUACCGGAAAUCUGGCUCCACCAAUAAAAUCAAAGAGCUCAAGCAGGGACUUGACACAGAUGUGGACAGCAUGAAUCUGGAUGACUACAACAUCCAUGUCAUUGCCAGUGUUUUCAAGCAGUGGCUAAGAGACCUGCCUAAUCCUCUGAUGACAUUUGAGCUGUAUGAGGAGUUUAUACGUGCCAUGGGUUUGCAGGAUAAAAAGGAAAUGAUCAGAAGUGUGUAUUCAGUUAUUGACCAGUUAAGCAGAACUCACCUAAACACCCUGGAGCGGCUCAUAUUUCAUCUUGUCAGGAUUGCCUUGCAAGAGGACACAAACCGUAUGUCAGCUAAUGCCUUGGCUAUAGUGUUUGCCCCCUGUAUCCUGCGCUGUCCUGACACUAUCGAUCCACUGCAGAGCGUCCAGGACAUCAGCAAAACAACAGCGUGUGUAGAACUUAUCAUUUGUGAACAGAUGAAUAAGUACAAAGUACGACUAAAGGACAUCAAUACCCUGGAGUUUGCUGAGAAUAAGGCCAAAUGCAGACUGACCCUCAUCCGACGGUCAAUGGGGAAGGGCCACGUACAGCGGCUGAGCUACCACACGCCCUCGCCUCCAGUCAGUCCCCGGCUACCCCCUGUGACGGAUGCUGUGAUAGAAGAGAGUGAGGGUGAAGAGGGAGCAGACUCGUUUUCUGAAAUCUCAGAGCAUCAGCAAGCAGCCAUGCAGCAGGAAGAGAGAGUGUUGACAGAGCAAAUUGAAAGCCUGCAGAAAGAGAAAGAGGAGUUGACAUUCGAGAUGCUGACUCUGGAGCCACGAGCAUCAGAUGAUGAGACUCUGGAGUCGGAGGCCUCUAUCGGUACAGCUGACAGCUCUGAAAACCUCAAUGUGGACUCUGAGGGAACCAUAUCUGACUUCUGUGAAAGAGGUCCAGUAUUGACUUCCCCCUGGCCUCGGAGAUCUGACGGGAAGAGCCCCCGACACCGCACUCUCAGACGGCAGCCUGACUCCCUGGACUCUGUGGACUCCUGCUCCACUGUUUCCUCUUACUCCUCCUCAUCACACUUUAACGCUUCGUCCUCCUCCUCCUCUGCCACCACCCGGCGCUUUCGUUUCCACUCCAAAUCUCCCUCCUUAGGCUCAGGACCGGCCCAGACUCAGGCCGUGAAUGCCUCUCACGCCCCUCGCUGUGAAAGCAUAGACAGUAGCCCGACAGCAGAGCCAGAAGGCGCUUAUGACGAAAGGCCCCAGUUUACCAGCCGAGGCACCUUCAAUCCAGAGAAAGGCAAACAGAAACUUAAAGGGGCCAAGCAUUCAACCCUGAGGCACACCAGAGACAGCAGUGGACACAGCAGGGACCCACCAGACAUACCGCAACAGCUGGUAUUGUACGGCAGUAAUGAAUUCAUGGUAUGAAGGAUACUGGGACACCAAAGCACUCCCUAUUCAACUCCCUGGCAGGCAUGUUCUGAAUGGGAGGUGACGCGAUGGCCACUCCUCAAAGCACUCUUGCUUAGCCUUUCUUUGUUGAAAUCUGCAGAGAAUUGUCCCCAAGUGCCGUGUACAGUGUUUCCACCUCCAGAGGGGGAAGAUGUUUUGGCAGAGGGACAUGAAUGAGUGGAAGGGCUCCUCUUCUGUGGACUAAACUGUCACCCGAGCUCUCACAGUGCCUUGGCAGCUCUUUUCUCAGCGCCAAGGGGAGACGCAGUGAGCAAGAGGACAGAGUAAAGGGAAUGUUGGAAUACGCGAAUGACCACUCAGCAUCAGGGAAUGUUAAGGAGCUGGAAAGCUGAAGCAGUGUACCACAGUAAAUAAGAAGAAAACCAGACAACGUCAGGAGUCGCUGAUGUUGCAGUGAACUUAUAGCUCACAAUUAUUAGCUGCUUAAUGAGUUUACAGUUCAUAACAAUCAGUGUAAACAGUGGUUGCUCUGUUAUUACAAAUGUAUUUUUCCCUUACAUUUAUUUAAUAAAUUUUAAUGUCACAGAAAUUCUUUAUAGCAUAUAAUAUACAGGUAUAAAUACUGUACAAAGCCGGAACACCAGCCUCUGCUGGGUAGUUGAAGUCAAAUAUUUAUCUUUUUCUUUUUUCUUUUUUUUUUUUUGAGUAUCUUGGACAGAGAUGUACGGAUUUGGGCAGUGGAUGAUUUAUGUGUGUGUACAUGUGCCAAGCGCUCAUGAGUGACCGUACGUAUGUGUGAGAAAGAGAAAAACCACUCCAUGUGUUUUUAAGUUUUGUGCUGCUUUUUCCCUCUCCAAGGGAAAUACCGCCAUCAAAGGGACCAAGUUAGCUGGUGUGUAUUCCAGCCAAGGGGAUCCCAGCUCUGUAAAGAAUGUCGGAUGUGUAUAAAAUCCCUGCAUUCACUGCUUAACAGCCAUACAACACUUGUAAUGUACAGUACAGUUCAUAUGUACAGUAUAGUGAACAAAAAUGCCAUUCUAUUCUUAAAAUCUAUGUUGCCCCCCCACUCCCAAAUCCUUCUCCACCUCCUGUCUUUGAAGUGUUUGCUCAAUAGCAACCAACAAGACCAUA